AAAAUAGGCAUAGACAGGGUGCUAUAUGCAUAGAGAAAAGAAAGAAAAAACAGUUUAAUUUUUGGAGGCGGGCGGGGGGGCUUCUGGUCUUGUGGUGCUAGCUGCUGCUGACAUAUAAUAGCGUCAUGCCGGGGCAGUCACGAAAAUGGAUGAUAUUGGUGGCCACCAUAUGGAUUCAGGCAUUCACCGGCACCAACUUCGAUUUUUCAGCCUACUCCUCGGCUUUCAAAUCUGUUCUUGGGAUUUCUCAGGUGCAGCUGAAUUACUUGGCCGUGGCUUCCGACCUUGGCAAGGCUUUUGGGUGGUCUUCUGGCCUGGCUUUGAUGUAUUUUCCCCUUUGGGUGGUGAUGUUCAUGGCUGCUUUCAUGGGCCUCGCUGGUUAUGGCACUCAGUGGCUUGUGAUUAGGAGUAUCAUAACCUUGCCUUACUUCCUGGUCUUUCUUCUGUGUUUGUUGGCCGGGUGUAGCAUCUGCUGGUUCAACACUGUAUGUUUUGUUCUUUGCAACAAAAACUUUCCUGCUAAUCGACCCCUUGCAAUCUCACUCACAGUAAGCUUCAAUGGUGUAAGUGCAGCCUUAUACACUCUUGCUGCUAGUGCAAUUGACUCCUCCUCUGAUGCUCUCUAUCUUCUUUUAAAUGCCCUCAUUCCUCUGAUCACUUCUAUUGUAUCACUAAUCCCAAUUCUCCGGCAACCGCCUCUGGAUCCUCUUCUUCCCGACGCCGUUCGCCGGGACUCCCUUAUAUUUCUGUUCUUGAAUUUCUUAGCAGUCAUCACUGGCAUUUACCUUCUUCUCUUUGGUUCCUCUACCUCGGAUACUACAGCAGCUCGUCUCCUUUUUAGUGGAGCCAUUGCCCUCCUAAUUUUCCCUUUGUGUAUCCCUGGUGUUGUCUAUGCUAAACAUUGGUUUCAUCGCACCAUUCAUUCUAGCUUCCGCCUUCAAGGCUCUGCAUUCGUUCUUAUUGAUUCAGAGGAUCUUGAACUGCAUAAAGAGCUUCUUUCCCGUCAAGGUAGUAGUAUUGUCCCUCUUGGAAAUGGAUCCUUCUCUCACCUUUUAAACGAAAAUAGAACUGUGGAUAUCACCAGCCAGCAGAAAGCUGGGGAAGUUCAAUGGUGUUGUCAGAGAUUAAUAUACAAGGAUCAGUUGGCAAUGCUCGGGGAAGAGCACACAGCACGAAUCCUAGUACAAAGGCUAGAUUUUUGGCUAUACUAUGUUGCUUAUUUUUGUGGAGGUACAAUCGGACUUGUGUACAGUAACAAUCUAGGACAAAUAGCGCAGUCGCUGGGACAAAGUUCAGACACCACGACUCUCCUUACGCUCUAUUCAUCGUUCUCCUUCUUUGGCCGAUUGCUUUCAGCUGCACCAGACUACAUACGUGCGAAGUUUUAUUUCGCGAGGACUGGAUGGCUGGCCAUUGCACUUUUGCCAACCCCAAUUGCUUUCUGCUUGCUAGCAGCAUCAGGCAGUGGGGAAGCACUGCAUGUAGGCACUGCACUGGUUGGCUUGAGCUCCGGAUUCAUCUUUGCUGCUGCUGUAUCAAUUACAUCAGAGCUUUUUGGACCCAACAGCGUAGGUGUCAACCACAACAUUGUAAUCACCAAUAUCCCAAUCGGGUCUCUCGUAUAUGGCUGUCUUGCUGCUCUAGUUUAUGAUGCAAACAUAAGCUCUGGUUUAGGGAACAUAAUGUCAGAUUCGGAUGAUCAAGUAUGCAUGGGAAGGCAGUGCUAUUUCUUGACAUUCGUUUGGUGGGGAUGCAUAUCAGUUCUGGGACUAGCUUGUAGUGUGCUGUUGUUCUUAAGAACCAAACAUGCUUAUGACCUCUUUGAACAGAACCGGAUCAUAGCAGCACAAGAAUAUUAAUAAAUUUUGCUUGACUAGAGGCAUGCACGUACUUAAGAUGGUUCAAGCAGACAGGUACGUAUGAAAAGGCUCGAACCGGUACAGCUAUAUAUCAUCUUUGUGUACUUGUAUUCGGGUCCUUCAAAACAAAACAAAACAAAAAUUCAAAGAAAAUUGUUUAUUUAUAUAUGUUACUAAGCUAGGGGAGAGAGAGAGAGAGAGAUGUUGACACUCAAUGUUGGAUGGAGUAGUACUGCCUCCUUUGAGAAAGUUUUUACCAUAAAGAACUUGAGGAAAUGAAAAAUUAUUAUUAUU